AUGUUCACAAAUACUGUGCUGGAUUAUAUCUUUACCACCGACAGUCAGAGGAUACUACAGUGGAACCAACCUAUACUGCAACUGGCACAGCUUCAAAUAUAUGCUGAUGCAGUCUCAGUAAAGAGAGCCGCAUUGAACAAUUGCUGUGGCUUUAUCAGUGUAAUUGUCCAGCCAAUUUUCAGACCGGAAGGGCACCAAAGCCUUGUGUAUAAUGGCCAUAAACGUGUUCAUGCACUUAAGUUUCAGUCCAUUGCUCUUCCAAGUGGACUCGUUGCUAGCAUGUACGGUCCUGUUGGAGAGGAUAUU